AUGGCACAGUCAGCGGGGGAAGAUGCAGCAAAGUCGGUGGAAGAAGAGGGCACGUCGACGCCAACGCAAAAAGACAUCGGCCACAUCAACACCGCCGAAGUCGACGACCUCGCCGAGCCCGAUGACCCGAACUCGACCACCCGCUGGCCGUGGGAAAGAAAGAACCGCAAGCCGGUCGACCUCGACGCCAUCGCAACCAAGCGCAGCGUCUUCGAUGACCCCGCGCUGGCGCCCUUCUACAUGCCGCGGCCGGACCACGAGAACAUCCACCGCUUCUCGAUCCCGUUCCGGUGGACCUACCGCGAGGAGCAGGCGGUGCGGCGCAAGACGGACGUGCGCAUCUUCCUCUGGAUCCUGGUCAUGUUCUUCGCCCUCAACAUCGACCGCGGCAACCUGUCCAACGCGGUGGCGGACAACCUGCUGGACGACAUCUCCAUCACCACCAACGACUACAACAACGCCCAGAACAUGUACCGCGUCGGGUUCCUGGUCAGCGAGAUCCCGUCGCAGAUGCUGGGCAAGUGGCUGGGGCCGGACCGGUGGAUCCCGUGCCAGAUCGUGCUCUGGAGCCUGGCGUCGGGCGGGCAGUUCUGGAUGCGCGACCGCGCCGGCUUCUUCGCCUGCCGCUUCCUGCUGGGCCUGUUCAUGGGCGGCUUCAUCCCGGACGCGGUGCUGUACCUGUCGUACUUCUACACCGCCGCCGAGAUGCCCAUGCGGCUCGCCCUCUUCUGGUUCGUCGACUCCAUGUCGGGCGUCGCCGCCUCCUUCAUCGCCUACGGCGUGCUGCACAUGGGCGGCGUGCGCGGCCGCGAGGGCUGGCGCUGGCUCUUCCUCGUCGAGGCCGCCCUCAGCCUCGCCAUCGGCCUGCUCAGCUUCCUCUUCCUCGUCCCCGGCCCCACCCAGACCCGCACCCGCUGGAACCCGCGCGGCCUCUUCUCCGCCCGCGAGGAGCGCAUCCUCGUCAACCGCGUGCUGCGCGACGACCCCUCCAAGGGCGACAUGCACAACCGCCAGCCGCUCUCGCUCGCCAUGCUCGCCCGCAGCCUGCGCGACGUCGACCUCUGGCCCGUCUACGCCAUCGGCCUCGUCUUCGAGAUCCCCGCCACCCCGCCCAAGGCCUACCUGAGCCUCACCCUGCGCGACCUCGGCUUCGACGCCUUCCAGACCACCCUGCUCGGCAUCCCCGUCACCGUCUACGCCGCCCUCAACAUGCUGCUCGCCACCUGGCUGAGCGAGCGCCUCGGCCAGGUCGCCCUGCCGGGCCUGCUCGCCCAGCUGUGGGUCCUGCCGCUGCUGGUCGUCGAGUACGCGCGCGCCGGCGCCCUGUCGCCGUGGGCCCAGUACGCCGUGCUCUUCUUCCUGCUCGGCCAGCCGUCGCUGCACGCCGCCCAGGUCGCCUGGUGCUCGCGCCUCAGCGGCGCCGUGCGCACCCGCGCCGUCGGCGCCGCCCUGUACAACAUCGCCGUCCAGCUGUCCGGCAUCGCCGCCUCCAACAUCUACCGCGCCGACGACAAGCCGCUGUACAGGCGCGGGAAUCGCGACUUGAUCGCCAUCACGGUCGGCACCGUCGCCGCGUAUGCCGCCGCCAAGGCGUAUUAUGUGUGGCGGAAUCGGGGGAAGAGGGCGAAGUGGGAGGCCAUGACGAAGGAGGAGCAGCAGCACUAUUUGGCGACCACCGGGGACAUGGGGAACAAGCGAUUGGAUUUCAUGUUUGAGAGCUAG